UCUUAGAUGUGAGAUGAAACGUCUCCAUGACACUUAAAGAAGUCAGGCUGCCUUCUUUUCAAGCUCUUAUGAUUGAGUUUUAUUCUUUCUCCUACAGUGUGGAUCUUCUUGUGACCAAGGAUCGCAGCCUAACAGUAACACUAAGAGAUUCAGUUAAGUUUGUGAUUUUGCUUCACAAAGUGUGGAAGAAGCACCCGUACCACCGGGACUACUUGGGUUUCUACACCCUGGACAGUCACCUCCUGUCCCCUGGUGUUCAUGGCCUGCUAGGUCAGUUCUAUCAUGGGAUUAACUAUGAGGUGGCAGACUUGCAUCCAGGAAAAGUCCCAGAGAAACCAGAUGCCACCAUGUAUGUGAAAGGACAGGAGCUCAAUGUAACCAGAGGCUGGCAGAGGGAUUUCAGGGGCGAUGUGAAGAACGGAGAAAAUGUUCCGUGCUGGUUCAUUCACAAUAAUGGGACUGGCCUCAUUGACGGACAUGUGACAGACUACAUUGUUUCCGGCCUUUUUAAAUCUGUUUAAGAAGAGGCCACACAGCCGCACCAGCUGCUGAAAUCAUCACAAUGCAAUUCGUUUAAAUAAAUAUUCAAAUCCGCA